AUGCCUCGCGGAUCUGCCAUGGAAACGUCACCUGCCCCAGCUCGUACGGGUAGCGCCCAGCUGAGCGGCAUCGACCCUGCGCUGUCUGCCGCGAAGCCUCCCAAUGGAGCCAACUCCUUGCCUCUCGUGGACGACGAUGAGUCCGAGUGGGAAUACGAGUACUCGACGACCGAGACAGAGACAUAUUACAUUACCCUGGACCUCUCGACCCAGGAUUUCACAGACAAGCGCACAAAGACAAUCCACCACGGCCGUGGCGGAUAUCACAGCGAGAAGCAGGCAAACAUAUUCCAGGGCCGCCAGCAGAGCCCCGAUGCGUCCCCCCAGCCAGGCACGCGACACAACAGCACCGCCGUGGCUUCCGAUGAUGAUGGAGAGGAAGGCACGCCUCCAGCGCCCGGCUCUGGUGGCAAUCGCGCCGCCGCCGCCGCCGCCGUCCUGCCAGGCCUCGAAGCUCGAGGCUGGUCAUCUCGGCGUGAUAGCGAGGGCGGCGACGAUGAGGUUGACGAGGAUGACGAUGGCAACCAGUCAGGACGCCGCGGCCUCGACGAGGUGCAGAUCAUGGAGCUGCACUCGCCCAAUCCGGUGAUAGCGUACCAGGGCCGCGUCUACGCGGGCCAGUGGCAUGAGAACAUUGGCACCGAGUUCCUCAUCACACGGCACAACGAGGACAGCCACUUGCCCGUGCUCCGCCACCUGGACGACGGCGUUGACCUGUUGGCGGCCAGCAGCACGCGGAUCAGCGUGACGCAGAAGGAGCUCAAGCGCAAGGACCCUGCAGCAAAGCAGAAGCAUGAGGGGAUGAGGCUCGCCGGCGAUGGUGUACAGCGGCACCCGUCUGACCGUGCAGAUUUGGGUGUCGAGGGCCGUCGCGAUCACCAUGGUGUUGAAGUCGAGGAAGACGACGUGGAAGCACAAGCGCUGCUAGUCCCACCGCCCGACGCGGGCGCAUCGCAGGCGAGGAUCGACCAGGGCAACUUUCUGCGUGAGUUCAUCGCGCUCAAGCGGGCCCGUGGCGAGACGGAUGCGGUCCCUGUGCUCACCAACGCGGACCAUCUCCCCAAGAGAGCGCCCUCGAAGCGGACUAAGACUCCAGGUCGAGGACAGGGUGCUGGCGGCGGGAGACCACGCGGCGUCCGCGCCGCGCGAGGCACUACCCGUGUCCUUUGCCAAUUCUGCGGCGUCAGCUUCGGCGUGGGCCGCAUACGCACCGCCACGGAGCCCCGCGGCGCUGCAUGGCACAGCGGCGGCAUUUGGCGGCGUGACACGCGCGGGUGGCUGCCCGGAUACGAAGACCCGAAGAGAGAAAGGUGCUUUCGCAAGAGAAAACGGGACAGGAAACGAAAAGUGAGAGAUGGCGAAGGUGGCGGCGAGGAGCGGCAGCGCGUAAAGAAGGACAGAGAGUACUAUGUCAGAAAAGCCGAGGAGUCGGGCUGCCGCCUGCUCAAGCGGGAGAGACCGCCGAGCCGGGAUCGCGGCCGGUCCAUCACGGACGAGGAACUCCAGCGUUUAUAUGCCGGGGCUGAGACUGGGCCAGCCGAGGACACAUCUGGCAGUGUGCAUCCAGACAACCACAUCGAGGAGGACAAGGCAGCUGCGACAAUGGGGCAGAGUGGGUUGGAAGUUGGCCACGACGACAAUGACAGCGCUUCGGGUGAGGCUUACGUUCCGACUGAAGGUUCUGAUGACAGCGACGGCGAACCCCUGGAAUAUGCAUCCGACGCUGAAAGUGAUGUCCUGGAUCCGCAUGGCUCCGACGACGACGACGACGACCUCUUACCCGCGGAAGAUGAAUCCACUUGGACAUUCUCUGUUAAUGGGCCAGACCCCUUGGCUAUGACAGACAGCGCAUUCGAACCACUUUCCGCAAGCUGGGCGCCGGAGAAGGCGAGCCGGGGAUGUCUCGAUGAGGAGGAGGAGGACGACAUCGUAUCCUAUUCGAAGUCCACUGAGCACUUCAUGUACGAACACAUUGCUGGCCCAGACUGUGCUCAUGAUGAGGGCUACCAUGGAGAUCGAAUCUCGGUCGACGAAAUGCUGCAUAGCCGGACAGCUCAGUUCCUGGCUGCCAAGCAGCUCGUCGACACCUAUGGGUCGACUUGGGAACCUGCAGAUGACGAUCUCGACUUUGAGAAAGGCUCGAAUUGCUUCCUGACCGGUUUUGCCACGAGACCGCCCACGACGUACGACGGCACCUGGUUGCUGCCGAUCCGGCAUGGGGUGGACUAUAUCAAUGGGGACAACUAUGCCGAUUUCGAAAUGCAACUUCCGGAAUUCGGCCUCCCUUUUCAUCCUGCAUGCUUCGAGCUGUAUCGACAAGCUAGCCGAAACACACUUGACGGCCGGGUCGAGCUCGACGGCCUGCUGGACUUCUACGCGAGGGCCAGCUCAGAGCCGCAGUCAUUCCCGCUCGUCUGGAACGAGGACGCCAGGAACUCCUUUUGGCAGGGCUGGACGUGCCAUGUGGGCACAGAGUAUCUCGUCGCCAACCCGGUCUAUGUGCCCCAGCUGGCAUCAAUCAUCACGGCGGCUACUGUUGUGGCCAGUGAGCGACCUGACUUUAGCAUCAGGGACAGCCCUUUCGCGUAUAGAGCUGGUAAUGAAGCAGUCACUGCCGCGGGUGAUCUGUUUCUAAAGCUUCCUGCCGAGAUAGUGCAAGGCAUUGUCGACUUGCUGGGAUCCAAGGAUAUUGCAAGCCUGCGGCUCGCCUCCCAGGCAUUCCAGCAGCUGCCUAUAUCGCUGUGGUAUCGACUUGUCAGAGAAGAACUGCCGUUCUUGUACGAGGCUUGGUCAGAUGACGUACAGCCAUAUCCUUGGGCAUCUCGCCUUGCUCUGGACCACCAGGCGUUUGCAGAGGCCAAGGCAGAGCGCUUAGCUGAUCGCGACCACCGAAGGCGCGUCAUUCAGGAAGACAUGCCCGAGAUCAUGGAUGAGUUGCUUCGGAACGAGCCCGGCAUCGAUGAUGCCGAGCUGGAGCUGGAGACAAUGUGUGCUGAUAGCAGAAGGAUUCUUGACCACACACCCAUGAGGCUCCAUCGGGAGACGACGGACUGGUACCAGCUCUACCGAGACAUUGUCGUCAACUGGGACCAGCUCAAAGGCUUGCGCAACAGAGAAAGAAUAUGGCAGCACGUCACUACGAUCGUGGAGGCCAUCAAAGCACGAGCGAUAGUCAGGGAUGGGGAUAUAGAGAUGUCCAUGUAG